AUGCGCUCCGAAUAUGAAAGGAUUUCGGUUCCCAAAAACAAUUGGUUGGACCUGAAAAAGACAGUUUUGCUAGGUAUCGGCACCUUGGCAAUCGGUGCCGCAGUUUGGAAACCGAGCACUAAUUUGGAAGCACCCUUCGUGUUUCAGAAGGGUGCAAGAUGCGGGAAAAUCGAUGCUGUGGUCCCGGAGUUUAAUAAAUCUAUCGAGAUUAUCUUCAAAGACCCGGACUUUCGCCAGGAAUCGCUAGGUAAGUUCAGUGGUGCCCUGCAGAUUUCCACAGAAAUCCAGGACACAAAUCCACCCCCCGACGAAGACCUGGACUACUACAGCCAAUUCUUCAAAUUUCAUGCGUACUUGGUUGAAACCUUCCCCUUGGUGCAUAAACAUUUGAAACUCGAGAAAGUCAAUCACGUCGGCCUUCUCUAUACCUGGCAAGGCUCGGAUGAUUCCUUGAAACCCAUGAUGUUGACUGCGCACCAAGAUGUGGUCCCUGUAAAUCCCAACACUGUGAGUGACUGGACUUUUCCCCCAUAUUCUGGGCACUAUGAUAAUACAACUGAUUUUGUUUGGGGGCGUGGAUCUGUGGACUGCAAAAACCUGUUAAUCGGAGAGCUCGAAGCCAUCGAGCAGCUUCUGAGAGACGGAUUUGAACCCACAAGAUCGGUUAUCGUUGCCCUAGGGUUUGAUGAGGAAUCAUCUGGAAUCCUUGGCGCUCGCCAUUUGGGAGAAUUUUUAUACGAAAGAUACGGCGAUAACGGGAUCUACUCUAUUGUUGACGAAGGCGGUGGAGUUAUGCCAAUUGGAGAAAAUACUUUCGCUGCAACUCCUAUUACUGGCGAGAAGGGUUACGUAGACGUUGAAAUCACUAUUCAUGGCGUUGGUGGUCAUUCUUCAGCACCACCUGACCAUACUACUAUUGGUGUUGCGGCUAAUUUGAUUAAUUCGAUCGAAUCCAACCCCUUUGCACCCACUUUCACAACGGAUAAUCCGUUCUACGGGCUUUUGACUUGUGUUGCCGAACAUGGGAACCUUAUACCAGAUAGUAUCAAAAAGGCUAUUCUAGAAGCUCCAUCCGACUCCGAGCAAAGACGCAAAAUGAUAGACUUUAUUAGCGGGACGCGAAGUUUGCGAGAACUUCUACGCACCUCUCAAGCUAUAGAUAUUAUCAAUGGCGGCGUCAAGGCAAAUGCCCUUCCAGAGGUAACUUCUUUCUUAAUGAACCAUCGCAUCGACAUCAAUUCUUCAGUUAACAAGACGGUGGAAAGAGAUGUAGAAUUGGUAAAAGAAUUCGCUCAACAGUUUCACUUUGGUGUCUUUUUUGCUGGGAAAGAGUUGAUCGCGCCGACGGAACUCGGCUUUAUCGAGAUCGAGGCAAAGAAAGGUCUGGAACCUGCUCCCCUAAGCCCAGUGACAAAUUCCCCAGUAUGGGAUCUUUUCGCAGGUACUAUACAGAACGUUUUUGAGAAUGGUCAUUUCAAGGAAAAGCCUGAGACUGAGCUCUAUGUCACGCAAGCGUUAAUUACAGGAAACACUGACACAAAAUACUAUUGGCGCUUGACUGAGAACAUUUACAGGUUUAUGGCCAUGGUGAUGAGUGAAGAUACAAUGAGAACGAUCCAUUCAGUCAACGAACAUAUUUCAAUGUCGGGGCAUUUGUCCACCAUUGCUUUCAUUUAUGAGUACAUCGUCAAUGUCAACGAGAAGUCGUGA